AUGUUGGACGACGGCAUCAAGACUAACCUCGAGUGGACCUCGGCCCUCGACAUCGACUACCAGCCCACCAACACCCGCAAGACCUCCAUCAUCUGCACCAUUGGUCCUAAGACCAACUCGGUCGAGAUGCUCAGCAAGUUGCGCGACGCUGGAAUGAACAUUGUCCGCAUGAACUUUUCCCACGGAUCGUACGAGUACCACCAGUCUGUCAUUGACAACACUCGCAAGAGUUGCCAGGUGCACCCUGGACGCCCCGUGGGUAUUGCUUUGGACACCAAGGGUCCCGAGAUCCGCACAGGAUUGAUGAAGGACGACGUCGAGGUCCCCAUCCUCGCUGGCCACAAGCUGAUCAUCACUACCGACGAACAGUACGCCGAGGCUUGCACGGGCGACCACAUGUACGUCGACUACAAGAACCUCCCCAAGGUCAUCACCCCCGGCAAGAUCAUCUACGUCGACGACGGCGUCCUCUCCUUCAAAGUCCUCGGAGUCGACGGCACCAACGUCCACGUCGAGGCCAUCAACAACGGCAAGAUCUGCUCCCGUAAGGGUGUCAACCUCCCCAAGACCGAUGUCGACCUUCCCCCUCUUUCGGAGAAGGACAAGAAGGAUCUCCUCUUUGGUGUCAAGAACAAUGUCGAUAUCGUCUUUGCUUCCUUCAUCCGUCGUGCUGAGGAUAUCCGUGAGAUCCGUAAGGUCCUUGGCGAGGAUGGCAAGCAUAUCAAGAUUAUCUGCAAGAUCGAGAACCACCAGGGUGUCAAGAACUUUGACGAGAUUCUCGAGGAAACCGAUGGUGUCAUGGUCGCCCGUGGCGAUCUUGGAAUCGAAAUCCCCUGCGCCCAGGUCUUUAUCGCCCAAAAGAUGAUGAUCUCCAAGUGCAACCUGGCCGGCAAGCCCGUCAUCUGCGCUACCCAGAUGCUUGAGUCCAUGACUUACAACCCCCGCCCCACCCGUGCCGAGGUUUCAGAUGUCGCCAACGCCGUCCUCGACGGAGCCGACUGUGUCAUGCUCUCGGGCGAGACCGCCAAGGGCUCCUACCCCCUCGAGGCCGUCCGCACCAUGGACGAGACCUGCAUCCUCGCCGAGUCUGCCAUCUGCUACCCCCCACUCUUCAACGAGCUCCGCCAGCUCCAGAAGCGCCCUGUUGAGACCACCGAGACCGUCGCCUCGUCUGCCGUCUCGGCCUCGCAGGAGCAAAAGGCCGGUGCCAUCAUUGUCCUCUCGACCUCUGGUGACACUGCCCGCUUGGUCUCCAAGUACCGCCCCGAGGCCAAUAUCAUCAUUGUCACCCGCAAGGAGUCGACCGCCCGCUCCAUCCACCUGUCUCGCGGCUGCUACCCUUUUAUCUACAAGGAGCCCAAGAGCCAGGACUGGCAGGAGGAUGUUGACAAGAGAUUGCGUUGGGGUAUGGACCAGGCCAUUGAGGUCGGUCUCCUCAAGGCUGGUCAGCCCGUCGUCGUCAUCCAGGGAUUCCGCUCCGGAUACGGCAACACCAACACCAUGCGCAUCAUCGUCGCCUAA